AUGGCUCAUUCGCACGACGACAUGUCCAAGCUCCACGAGUCCAAGGCGGCCAUCCUUGCGGCACCUGACACGUCCUCGGCCCAAGCUCAGCUGGCACAGCACGAUGACGAGAUCAAGGCGAGAGCGAAGGCGUAUUUUGCGCUCUCGCAGCAACAUGCGUCCGAGGCUGAAGCCAAACUCAAGGAAUGCGCGAGCCACGAAGGAGGUAAAUGCGUUGACAACAUGCGCGGCGUCUUGGACAAGUGGGCUCGUAGCGUGAAUGACUUUGAAAUGAUCGCCAACGAGUAUGGCGCGUCGUUCCAUGAUCAAGUGUCGGGAUAUGCCAAGCAGCAGCGCGAAAGCAUUGCGGAAAUGACCCGUCUCAUCAAGGAGCACAAGUAG